AUGGACGGCAAGGUACAACGAGAUGGAAAGAUCUUGGAUUUGAUUGAUGAUGCUUGGCGGGAAGACAAGCUGCCAUAUGAGGAUGAGCUUCCAGAGCCUGAGCAGGACAACGGUGACACCACAGAGUGUGUGAAAGAACAGGAGAUGAAGUGGACAGACCUGGCCUUGCAGUGCCUCCAUGAGAAUGUCCCACCUGCUGGAAACUGAUGCUGGCUUUCUUUCCCAUGGAUAGGGUUUUCAAAAAUAUGUAGAUAAAGCAUGUUUCCUCUCUGUCUCCAAAUUCAGUUCUUUGAGUAAUAAAUCAACAUUCAAAAAUGUAAAAAAAAAAGAUGAACAUCCUAAUAGAAAAGGCAUGAAUAAUACUUGGUGUCCUCUAAUACAAAUCCCUAGUCUCUGGAGCACGUGGCCAUAAAGUCUCUUUCAACUUUUAAACAAAUUUCUUGGGAUUAUAAUUACAUCAUUUCCACCAUCUUUUCACUGCCUCCAACCCCAAGGAUGUCAGUCAUUCCAGGCUGGGCCU